AUCAAACGAGAGUUUUUUGAAUAGAAUUUGCAGUGUAGAAAUCUACUACAUUGUAAAAACCUAUUAUUGGCGCAGUCGGUAAACCAUAUAGAGCAAGGAAGUUCUUAUUUCAGUGAAUUAAGAAAGGAAUCCGGUAAAACAAGAAACUACAAAAGGAUACGGGAGAAGAAAUGGCGACAUCAGAGCAGUCUGUACAACAAGGACCAGUAGGAAACAUAAUGGAAAUCAAAUUCGACCCGCUUACAUUCAUUAAAAGAAUGGGUGAGUAUAACGGUGAAAAUACUGCAGAACUAGUACAAUUUGUGAACAAAGUAGAGUUGUUAUUACAUAGCAUGAAUAAUUACUCUAUACAAUCGCAGAAGUUUAUCGUGUUACAAAUUCGUGAUAAAAUAGUGGGUAAAGCAAAUACUACACUAUUGUGGUAUAGCAUCGAUACAACGAAUUGGAAUGAAAUCAAAAGAGUUUUAAUAGAAAAUUUUAGUGAAAGAAAUACCUUCUUACAAUUACAUGAAAAGGCAGAAAAAGUAAUUCACAAAAAUAUUACACAAUUCUAUAACGAAUUAUCGAAUGUAUUAACGCGUAUGAAUAAUAAGUAUCAUUUAUAAACAGAAAGAUUAAUAGAUAGGACUCCGGAAAGUAAUGAAGAGUCAAUUUUAAAUUUGUUUGAAGAAAAGAUACCCAUUAAUGCAGCGAGCAUUUUAAUAUCACGUAACAUAAAAACACUAUUUGAAGCAUAUUGGUUGUUAGAACAAAACAACUGGACCAGAUUCGAUAAUAAAUACAAAAAUUUUUAAAAUAAUACAAAUUUUAACAAAAUGAAUUAUAUUCAAACAAAAGGCAAUAGUCAACAAUUUAAUGACUAUGCUCUAAGAACAGGAAAUAAGAGGCAAAAUUUUCAGUAUAAUAUGCAAAUAAAUAAUAUACAACAAAAUACAAAUCCUAAUAAUUUUCAACACAACGUGCAACGUGAUAAUUUUCACCAUAACGUGCAACGUGAUAAUUUUCAACAUAAUGAUUACCAACAGAAUUUCCAAACGCUAGCACAAUUUUCAAGGGCAAAUAAUAAUACAAGACAGUCAAGAAGACAGCUAUUUGAACCAAUGGAAGUGGAUAAUGUGUUAAUAGAAAAUUUUCCGAAAACAGCCUCGUAGGACGAAAUAUACCCAUGAUGGAAGUAACAACAGGAGGAGUUAAAGUGAAAUUAUUAAUAGAUUCAGGAGCAGAAGUUUCAGUUAUAAAACCAGGAAUUUUUCCAAGAGUGUUAGAAAGAAGAUUUAGAACACAAAAGAAUGUUAUAACCGGAAGACAACAGGAAAUAGUAGACAGAUACAUUUCGACUUGGUUACCUAGUGAAUUUAACGACAAUAAAAAACGAACAAUAACAUUUUUAGUAACAAACGUUUUUAACAAUAGAAAAUAUGACAGGAUAUUAGGGAAUGACGUUAUGAUUCCGUUAGGAGUAGAAAUUGCGUACAAAACAAAUACUUUAAAUGUAAAUGGA